UCUUCAACUUCACAUAACAUUCUCCCUACCCUAAUUUUUUUUUGGUAGCAGGACACAACCCACCUCACCCCAACAGCCCCCCAUAGACAGUAGUACCAUGACCCAAAUGAAACAAGUCAUAUAUGGAAAUCUUUUUUUCUCAUGAAAAACCAUUCCAACAUUUGAAUUCCUCAUUUUCUUGGCUUCCAAACAUCUCCUCAGUUCAUUCUCUUACCAUCACCACCACCGUCACCCUCCUUUCUCUUCCCUGAUUCUGCAUUCAUCCAAUCGUCUCUCAAGAAGAAAAAAAGCCCUAAUUUUAUCUUUCAUCAGGCCCAGAAAAAUUGACUCAACUCUCUCUCUGAACUUCACAGUUUCUCUUGAUAUCCACAAUUCCCAUCACCUUUGAGGCUUUGAUCAUCAUCUUACCAACUUCUAAGUCUCUGUAUCUAUCUCCAUAUCUCUUGCUGUUGAAGCUUUAAUUGUGCUUUGGGGCAAUCAUAACUGUGUUCAUCAUUGUUUGAUCAAGUGUUUUGCUAAAUGGGUCCACCUCAAAUUGCUUUUCUCGAUUGAAAAUUAACAUUUUUAGGGUUUUCUUAUAAUUCUGAACUGUGUUAGGAUAUCUGCAUUGGGGCUAACAAUGUCGGAGGACAUGCUUUUGCAUUUCUCUUCCAACUCUUCAAACCAAUCCGAUCAGUCUCUGCCCACAAAAAUUGCAAAACUCGAAGCUCGAAUGGUUGGAAAGGCUCCCUCAGCUGCGCCUGCCCCGGCGCAGGCCACCUGGCCAGCUGCUCCGUGUGUGGCGAAGUAUGGAGUUGCUGCUACUGCAGAGAAUUUGUCUGAGUCCUUGCCUUCAAGCGAUUCUGAUGAUGAUAAUGGAACGGCGUAUCUCAUACAAGCAAAUACUCAAAAGCGCCGGAAACUUGAAGAAGAUGACAACUCAUCUGCUUCUGAACAUGUUGAGGCUGUGGCUGACAUAGGACAAAAGGUCGUGGAAACCACAGACCCCAAGCCAGGUGUAGAUGUGAAUAGGAGAAGACAAGGCCGUGGUAGGGGGCAUGCUGCUUCAGGCAGGGGGCGUGGUUCCAGAGUUAAUGGUCAGGCAAAAACACAAACUUCUCCUCCAAUUAAUUCACCAUCAAAUGGUCAGCUUAUCAACUCACAUCAUAAGGAUGGUUGGUCCAAAGAACAAAUUGGGAUCGGCCUGGCCUCUUCACUAGAGGAGGAGAUCACUUCUUUACGUGCAAAAGUUGCAGCAUUAGAGGAGGACUUCAAGAAAUCCCGUCAAGAGGCCGCUGAUUAUCAGCAACUAUGCCACCAGUUAGAAAAGGAACUGAAGGACCUUAAAGAUUAUGACCAGCAAAUGAAGCCAAAGAGAAUGAAGAUAAUAUCUGAUCUGUUGAUAUCUGUCUCAAAAGCUGAGAGACAAGAAGCUAGGUUGAAAGUACGCCAGGACUCUUUGAGACUUGGUAGUGUGGGUGUAAUCAGAGCUGGAACUAUCAUAUCUGAGACAUGGGAGGAUGGUCAAGCACUUAAGGAUCUCAAUGCUCAUCUUAAACAUUUAUUAGAAAUAAAGGAAGCUGUUGAGCGGCAGCGAAAAUCAUUGAAGAAACGACCGACAGAUAAGGGAGAUGCAAUAGAUGCUGAAACAGGGUCUCAGGAAGAUGAUAUUCUUAUGCAGGAUGAGAUCUACAAAUCCCGUCUAGCCAGCAUCAAGCGUGAGGAAGAGACCGUUAUGCGCGAGAGGGAUCGAUAUGAACUAGAGAAGGGAAGGCUUAUACGUGAAAUGAAACGUAUACGAGAUGAGGAUGGUUCUCGUUUUAACAAUUUUCAGAUUUUGAACCAUCGAUAUGCACUCUUAAACCUUCUUGGUAAAGGAGGAUUCAGCGAGGUUUACAAGGCUUAUGACUUGGUGGAGCAUAGAUACGUCGCUUGUAAGCUUCAUGGGCUGAAUGCUCAGUGGAGUGAAGAAAAGAAGCAAAGUUACAUAAGACAUGCAAUUCGAGAGUACAAUAUUCACAAGACCUUGGUCCAUCAUCACAUUGUGCGGCUUUGGGACAUUUUUGAAAUUGACCAGAAUACAUUCUGCACCAUCUUAGAGUACUGUAGUGGUAAAGAUCUUGAUGCAGUUCUUAAAGGAACACCCAUACUACCAGAGAGAGAAGCUAGGAUCAUUAUUGUUCAAAUAUUUCAAGGCCUUGUUUACUUGAAUAAAAAAACACAAAAGAUCAUCCAUUAUGAUUUGAAGCCUGGGAAUGUUCUCUUUGAUGAGUUUGGUGUUGCUAAAGUGACUGAUUUUGGUCUUAGUAAGAUAGUGGAGGAUGAUGUUGGAUCCCAGGGCAUGGAACUCACAUCACAGGGAGCUGGAACAUAUUGGUAUCUGCCUCCGGAAUGCUUUGAGCUAAGCAAGACGCCUCUCAUAUCUUCUAAGGUUGAUGUUUGGUCGGCUGGUAUUCUACUUUACCAAAUGCUGUUUGGCAGACGUCCUUUUGGGCAUGACCAGUCACAAGAGCGAAUUUUACGCGAAGAUACUAUUAUCAAAGCUCGCAAGGUGGAAUUCCCUUCCAGACCUGCUGUCUCAAAUGAAGCGAAGGAUUUUAUUCGGCGAUGUUUAACAUAUAAUCAAGCAGAGAGGCCAGAUGUGUUGACCGUUGCUCAAGAUCUGUAUCUUACAUACACAAAGAAGUGAACAUGAUUACCGACUAGCCUAAGGGUCGUAGGCCUGAGCGGGAAGGUAAAAGAAGUUUUUCCUCAAUCAAGUUCUGAAUUAAGAAGAAGAACCACAGUACUUGCAGGGGAUUUUGUAUAGUUGUAAAGCUUUUGUUAUUCCCCUCCCAGCUCUUCUUGCCCAAAAAAUAGGGUUUCGGAUAUUCUUUUUAUAUAAUUUGUGUUCUUAUUGUUUUGUUUGUUGCUGCAAAUGGUUGUACCUUUUUCUAUGAAGAAGUGGGAAAAAUAUGGGGUACACUCAAUUGAAAGUUUGUUUUUUUCGUUUGUUUGUUUUAUUUAAUUUUUGCCCAAUUUGUGUUUUA